AUGGGGCUCGAUCUCACCGGCCGCUGCGUUUGCAAUAAAUUGCAGUACUCUGCCCACCUAGAAUCCACCGACGACGCUCGAACCAGUAUAUGCCACUGUUCCAGCUGUCGAAGGGCAUUCGGGACCAAUUACGGCUUGACCACGAAGGUUCCUCUCAGCGGAUUUAAGUACGAGAAGGGGGAUCCCAAGCUAUUCACGCAGGCGAAUGGCGUCAUCCGGGAAUUCUGCGACACCUGUGGAACAUUCAUCUGCGAAUAUGGGGAAGCUGCAGCCGACAAGGCCCGCUAUAUUCUCUGGGGCACCUUCAAUGAGCCCGACAAGGUCCCUCCCAAGGGAGAGUUCUUCUGCGUGAACAGGGCGGAGUGGAUGCCGGAAAUCCCGGAUCUAUUCCAUAAACAACUGAUCAUGGAGUAG